AAAAAAAGAAAAGAUAAAAUCGGAUAUAUUUUGGCAACAUUAUAAUCUCAUUAGUUUGUUUGAUUAAUUCGCACGACAAAAGGUGGAUCAUUUACAUCUUUUCAUCACAGUUGUUAGGUUUCUUCUUCUCUCUGUUAAGAUGUGUGAGAUUUUCCGCGUAAAUUAAUCAAAAUCUGCCAUUGUUAUGUCUCAGUUCUCUCUCUCUCUCCACCUUCAUCACUUUAUAUACAGAAUAAUCUAGAAAAAGUGUUCGCUUGAGAGAGGAAUUGUAGAAUCAUCGAAGCCUGAAGUUUGUUUAGGAGAAAAUCGAAAAAUUUUAAGUCGAUCACGAUGUUAGCGUUGCAGAACGAUCAUCUGCAGUAUCAACAGCAGAAUUUACAACAAUCGCAGCAGAAUUUGCAGCAACAACAACCGCAAGAUUUGCAGCAGUUUCAGCGGCAGUUGCAGGUUUCUAGGGUUUCAUUUUCGCUCGAUCGGAAUGAUUCGUUUCUUUUUCAUUCAGAGCAUCAGCAUCGUUCGCAGCAACAGUUGCAGUUACCAUUGUCGUCAGCUUCAAUUGUCAAGAAUUCGCAAAGUUCAGAUCCUCGUCACCUUGAUGACAAUUUGUUGCUGACUCUUGCCCACCAAAAGUACAAGUCUGGGAACUACAAGCAAGCGCUUGAUCUCAGCAACAUUUUAUAUGAGAGAAAUCCACGACGAACAGAUAAUCUUUUGCUAUUGGGUGCAAUUUAUUAUCAGUUGCAUAAUUAUGAUGCUUGCAUUUCCAAAAAUGAAGAAGCUCUUCAUAUUGAUCCUCAUUUUGCUGAGUGUUAUGGCAAUAUGGCAAAUGCAUGGAAGGAGAAGGGAAACAUUGAUCUAGCUAUCCGCUAUUACUUGGUUGCAAUUGAGCUUCGACCCAAUUUUGCUGAUGCAUGGUCCAAUUUGGCCAAUGCUUACAUGCGGAAAGGGAGGGUCAGUGAUGCAGAACAAUGUUGCCAACAGGCUCUUGCAUUGAAUCCUAAUUUGGUGGAUGCUCGUUGUACACUGGGUAAUUUGUUGAAAGCUCAAGGCCGAGUUCAGGAGGCAUACAAUUGUUAUGUAGAGGCACUCCGAGUCCAGCCUACUCUCCCAGUUGCUUGGUCCAAUCUCGCUGGGCUUUUCAUGGAAGCUGGAGAUUACAGUAACGCUCUUCAGUGCUACAAGGAAGCUAUUAAACACAAGCCGGCUUGUGUCGAAGCAUAUUUAAAUUUAGGAAAUGUCUACAAGACUCUAGGAAUGCCUCAGGAAGCUAUGUUAUGUUAUCAACGUUCCCUGCAGGUCCGACCAGACUAUGCAAUGGCUUAUGGUAAUCUUGCUAGCAUAUAUUAUGAGCAAGGGCAACUAGAUAUGGCAAUUCUUCAUUACGAAAGAGCCAUCUCUCGCGAUCCUACAUUCUUGGAAGCUUACAAUAAUUUGGGUAAUUCACUUAAAGAUGCUGGCCGAGUUGAGGAAGCCGUUCAUUACUAUCGUCAAUGCCUUUCUCUACAACCUAACCAUCCACAAGCACUAACUAAUCUUGGCAACAUAUAUAUGGAAUGGAAUAUGUUUAGUCAUGCUGCUCAGUUCUAUAAGGCUACUCUGAAUGUUACCACAGGAUUAUCUGCUCCAUACAAUAAUCUUGCCAUAAUUUACAAGCAGCAGGGCAAUUAUGCAGAUGCUCUAACAUGCUACACUGAAGUUAUUCGGAUUGAUCCUAUGGCAGCAGACGCACUCCUCAAUCGGGGAAAUACAUACAAGGAGAUCGGAAGAGUUAAUGAAGCUAUUCAAGACUAUAUAAAUGCAAUUAAUGCCCGCCCAAGUAUGGCUGAAGCUCAUGCAAAUCUAGCUUCAGCUUAUAAAGACAGUGGCCAUGUUGAACUAGCUGUAAAAAGCUACAGGCAUGCGUUAAUAUUACGUCCGGACUUCCCUGAGGCAACAUGUAACCUUCUUCACACUUUACAGUGUGUAUGUGACUGGGAGGAUAGAGAUAGCAGACUUGUUGAAGUUGAACGCAUUCUUAGGCGACAAAUUCAGAUGUCUGUUGUUCCUAGUGUGCAACCCUUCCAUGCCUUUGCUUACCCUCUUGAUCCAAUGCUUGCUCUUGAAAUAAGUCGUAAAUACGCGGAGCAUUGUUCACUGGUUGCAGCUCGUUAUGCACUUCCUCCCUUUAGCUAUCCUGCUUUGGUUCCUGUGAAGGCUGAUGGGGGGAGCAGGAGACUGAGGGUUGGAUAUGUCAGCAGUGAUUUUGGUAAUCAUCCCUUAUCACAUCUUAUGGGUUCAGUCUUUGGUAUGCACAACAGAGAUAAUGUUGAGGUGUUCUGUUAUGCCUUGAGUCCAAGUGAUGGUUCAGAGUGGAGGCAGCGUACAGAAUCAGAAGCUGAGCACUUUAUCGAUUUCUCAUCCAUGUCAUCUGAUGCAAUAGCAAAAGCAAUAAAUGAUGACAAAAUUCAAGUCCUUAUCAACCUUAAUGGGUACACUAAGGGUGCUAGAAAUGAAAUAUUUGCUAUGCAGCCUGCUCCCAUACAAGUCUCAUACAUGGGAUUUCCUGGAACCAUGGGUGCUACUUACAUAAAUUAUUUGAUUACUGAUGAGUUUGUAUCCCCUAGUCAUUUGUCCCACAUUUAUUCAGAGAAGCUAGUACAUGUGCCAAAUUGUUACUUCGUCAAUGAUUAUAAACAGAAAAACCGUGAUGUAUUGGAUCCGAGCUCUCUACCUAAGCGGUCAGACUAUGGUCUACCUGAGGACAAGUUCAUAUUUGGAUGCUUUAAUCAGUUAUACAAGAUAGAUCCUGAUAUUUUUGACACUUGGUGCAAUAUUCUUAAGCGUGUCCCGAACAGUGUGCUCUGGCUUUUAAGGUUUCCAGCUGCGGGCGAGAGUAGGCUUCGUGCAUAUGCUGCUUCAAGGGGUGUGCAACAGGACCAAAUUAUUUUUACUGAUGUUGCCAUGAAGGGUGAACAUAUUAGACGCAGUACUUUGGCAGAUCUCUGUCUUGACACGCCUUUAUGCAAUGGACACACAACUGGUACUGAUGUUCUCUGGGCUGGUUUGCCAAUGUUAACGCUUCCUCUAGAGAAGAUGGCUAGCAGGGUAGCUGGUUCACUGUGUUUGGCGACUGGUGUUGGAGAAGAGAUGGUGGUUAACAGCUUGCAAGAAUACGAAGAAAAAGCAGUCUCUUUUGCAUUAAAUAGACCAAAGCUGCAGGAACUUACCAAUAGAUUGAAGGCUGCCCGCUUGACAUGUCCACUCUUUGACACUGCUCGCUGGGUGAGGACAUCUGUGCUUUUCCUUCUGUUACAUUAUAUAUUGUUAUUUGUUCAUAUGGGGUGGGUGGACAAGGAAGCUGGAAAAAGGUUUUUGUAUGUGGAAUUUUCCGUGAUGUAAGCUUUAAGAGGCUGACUGGCCUUCUAAUCUAGUAAUUCCAACUUCUAAUACGUAUAACCUGGCACGACCUUUUGAAAGCUGCUGACAUUCCUUUGAGGAAAAAUAGAGAGCGAACCUUCAACUGUACAAGAUAAAAAGUCCAAAGGGCUAGUCAUGUUUUUGAAUAAUGAUUGGGCUGUCUCGUAUUUAGAAGUUUUGCAUGAUGUAUUCUAUGCAUAUCCUUCGCGUUUCUAGACUUUCAGUUGAACAAUUGCAUGGUCUAAACAGUAGCUUCGUUAGAAAUCGUAAAGCUUUAAAAAAUUGAACUUAGGUUUUUUCGUUCGUUGAUGGUGAUCAGCUGAUUAUGGUAUGCUUUUAGUGACAUUUUAGCUAGCUUGUUUGCUACAGUUUGUGAAUUUGAGAUAAGUUUGUUUGCUGUUCUACUUGUGUCCAAGAUUUGCCUGAUUUUGCUGAUUACUAAUCAGCUGAACUUACUGUGAAUGAAGGUGAAAAACCUCGAACGAGCCUACUUCAAGAUGUGGAAUCUAUACUGUGCCGAUCAGCAUCCUCAGUCUUUUAAAGUGACCGAGAAUGAUUUAGAACACCCUUAUGACAGAUAGAAAGAAAUCGAAAGCAAUAUUUCAACAUUGUAGAUAACCUGAAGAGCUUAGGUUAAAGUUUUGAAUGGUAGAAUGACUUACGGCUUGUGAAAAUUUUAUCGAAUGUAUGUAUAUUAACUUUUAAGUGCUGGAAGCUGUCGAUCUUAAAAACUCAGGUAAAUAUUGCUUCGCACUUAAGGGGUGAUUGGAAUAGCCUGCGAAAGAUUUGCUUCUUUUCCCCUUCUAUCCAUUUUUUAUCAACUGAUCUUUCCUCCAUGAGGAACAAUUUAUGGUGUGAUUUUUUCAGAGUAGAAAUGAGUUUGUUUCUGCAUUUUAUCA